AUGUUGUCUGAGCAAACUGCGGACGCCCAUCUCUGGUCGCAUGCGUCAUCUCAAGUGGAUUUUAAGUACAUUUUGGCCAUAACACCGAAUUUCCGUGACGUCUUGCUCAUCUGUCUGCCCAGCUCCCUGACUGCCAGGCCCCCAAAGUUGUACUGGUUCAUUCGAGCAGAGAUCACUCAGAGAGAAUGGCUUCGCUUUUUCUCAUCGCGAUCCCUUUUCCUCCGGUUAGCGCUAGAUCCUCGAUCCAGGCGUCUCCUUUUUGCUGGUCUUGCUCCAUUCUUGUUCUCGCCCAAUUUGCUCAAGCAGUGGGCAAAGUUAUCGCUAACUCUACCCUUCUCCAAUCUCAUGUUCAUUAGAUUUUUUUCCAAUAAUGUCACUGUCCUCCCCAAUCUUGCGCUUCCUUGUGUUGUCACCGAAUGGUGUCCUUUUCACGCAAGUUAUCGUCAUGAUCCUGCUCAGAUCACGCCGGAGCUUUGA